AUGUCUACUCCUCGAAGCGGUGGUAGUGUGAGCUCCAGGGGGUCCAAGACUCCAGAGAAGCCUAGGUCAUCUGUUCAACAGCUCAUUGAUUCGCUCAAUACCCACCGAGUCAACACACUGACGGAGCUCUGUCGCAUCGAGCGUAUUGCUGCAACAUGCGACUCGGAGGCGGACGCACGAGCCUUUCAGCAACCCAUGACCUCGGCCUGGAUCCACUACGUAUCGAGCAACCAGUUUCUCACCGAGCUCCGUGGCCUGACCCGCAACUAUCCUCUGAGUGCGGACAUUGUUGCCGAGGCGCACCGGCGUGUUCGCUCGGAUCCGGAGAGCAACCGCAGCUGGAACCUGGCGUGGCUGUGCCUGACGCGGAUGCGGGACGACGGGCUUGUGAGGAUCUUCUCGGACGCAGAGGCACGGAAGCCGGAGAUGUGGGGAGGCAAGGGGCCAAGCGAGAAGAUGGUUCAGCAGCUGGCGACGUGCUUUGAGGACGAAUGGAGGGCGGCGAUUGAGACGAUGCUGAGACACUGGACGACGCCACCGACUUGGUAUUGA